CUAAAGUUGAACCGGUUUAGAAUCCAGGAAGUAACUGUUGGGGUAACCGACGAUAGUUCCCUUCCGGUUUCAACUUGCGUUGCGUGAACGUAUCUGCGGACUGACGGGAAAUUUGAAUUUCUCAUUCGUGGGACUUUUACUUUCUUGAUCCAAAUGCUGCAAUGGCAGAAGCUAAAUAUUCCAUAUCUCCCAAUCAGCUCACCUGCUCGGUGUGUCUGGAUACGCUGAAUGACCCGGUCACUAUCCCGUGCGGGCACAACUACUGCAUGAACUGCAUUAAGAGUUUAUGGGAUCGGGAAGACGCGACAGGGCUUUAUAGAUGUCCGCAGUGCAGAAUGGAGUUUAAUCGAAGGCCCUUGCUCAACAGAAAUGCAUUGCUUGCUGGACUAACUGGGCAGUUAAAGGUAUCAACAGUUGGUCUUUCUCUUCCUCAGGCGUACGGAGGACCUGACGACGUGCUUUGUGAUUUCUGUAUCGGGAGCAACAGAGGGACUGCGACCAAGACCUGUGUCACCUGCAUGAUCAACUAUUGCGAGAUGCACCUACAGCCCCACAUGAGGGUUCAGGCUUUAAAGAGACACCAACUGGAGAAGCCGACUGGAAACCUCGAGCAAAGAAUCUGUUUAAAACAUCAAAAAAUGCUGGAAAUCUUCUGCAGAACCGAUCAGACGUGCAUCUGCUUAAUGUGUGCGUUGAUGGAGCACAGGGCGCACGACACGGUAAGACCAGCGGUAGAAAGAGCCGAGAAAAAGUUGCAGUUGGAGAAUACAAAGAAAGACUUGAAACAGAAAACUCAGGAAAGAAUGAGGGACCUGGAGAAGUUAAAAAUGAAAGUGGAAAGAAUAAAAGACUCUGCUAAGGCAGAAAUACAACAAUAUGAGGAGUCCUUCACUUUUGUUGUUCGGUCCAUUCAGAGGCUGAGGUCACAAAUCAUUGAGGUGAUUAAAGAGCAUGAGCAGAGACAAGUGGGAAUGGAUGAAUAUCGCAUAAAGCAACUACAGAAGGAAAUCGAAGAACUGAAGGGGAAAGACACUGAGCUGGAAGAGCUCUCAAAGACAGACAACCACAUUGACUUCCUUCAGAAGUUUUCAUCCAAAUAUGUUGCAUUCAGAUAUGGAUUACUACCCAGUAUUGAUGUUGAAAACGAUUUCCUUCCUGGCAAUCUGAGGAAAGAUCUUGAUUUAUUAAUAUCUAGUCUGAAGGAGACCAGCUGCUGGGAGUUUGUGAAAACCAAAACCAGUGGGAUUACUCCGUCUUACAUCUUGGAGAACAUGAUGAGCAAAGGUGUGAAGAGAAGUGCUCUUUUAAAAUACAAAUGUCAGCUCACCUUGGACCCCAACACCGCACACAGAAGCCUCCAUCUGUCUGAAACAAGCAAAAAAGUUACACUGGGGUCACAUAUGUCCUAUCCAGAUCACCCAGACAGGUUUGAGCAUCUCCCUCAAGUUCUGUGCAGAGAGACUCUGACUGGGAGUCGCAGUUACUGGGAGGUGGAGUGGACUGGAAAUUGCAUUGAAAUUGGAGUCACGUGUAAAGGAAUUGGCAGGAAAGGAAAGGGUAAUGAGGGUCGCCUUGGAUGUGACAAAAUGUCUUGGAGUUUAUGCCAGUCUAGUUCGGGUUGGUGUGUGAGACACGAUAACAAGGAAACUGAAAUCAAAGCCCCCAACAACAACAGAAUUGGGGUCUUUCUGAAUUGGCCUGCUGGCACUCUUGCCCUUUAUAGUGUGUCAGAUACAGCAACUCUCCUUCAUAUGUUCAAUGCCAUCUUUACUGAACCACUUUGUCCAGGGUUUAGCUUGAGUUCACAGUAUUACAUUAAUUCUGCACAUAUUAUAAUUUUAUAGGUUGCCACAUGUGCCCAGUAUGUGCUCUCUUGUCCAUAUUACU